UGAUAACAAGUGCCAUGUAAUAGUAAAAUAACGUAGUGAUUACAUACUCUUUGAUAUAAAAAAGUAAUAUGGUGUAAACUAAACAUAUGGACUCACAAAAAUUGCUUGCAUUUUGCAAAUAAUUGCAAAAGAAGUGUUAAUGGAAGAGUAAUUCCACAAUACAUAAUUUAUGUGAGAUAGAAUCAAGAUGGUGAAAAUAAUAUUUCUCCACCCAGACUUGGGUAUCGGUGGAGCGGAGCGACUAGUUUUGGACGCCGCAUUGGCCUUCAAAACCAAGGGCCACGACGUCGCUUUUUUUACGAACCACCACGAUCCAACGCAUUGUUUCGCCGAAACCAGAGACGGAACCUUUCCGGUGACAGUUGUUGGCAACUGGAUACCGCGUUCUAUAUUCGGCAGAUUUAAAGCGGCGUGCGCCUAUGCUCGCAUGGUUUUCGCCGCUGUAUACUUAGCCUGGUACGUUAUACCGGUAGAAGAACCUACGUUGAUAUUCUGUGAUCUCAUAUCAUUGUGUAUUCCAUUUUUGAAAAUGGCUCGAGGACCAUUCCGAGUGGUGUUCUACUGUCACCACCCAGACAAACUCCUAACUACUGAGGGUGGUCUUUUGAAAAAAAUAUACAGAGCUCCAUUGAACUGGUUAGAGGAAUUGACAACGGCGAAAGCUGACAAAGUUCUUGUGAACAGCAAGUACACAGCUAGAGUGUACCAAGAUGCAUUCCAGAACAUUAAAGAUGUUCCAGAUAUUUGUUAUCCUUCAAUUAACACAGAGUUCUUUAAUAAAACUAUGCCAAAACCUCUCAAAGAAGUAGUACCAGUAGGGACAGAUAAGAUCAUAUUUUUAUCAAUAAAUAGAUAUGAAAGGAAAAAGAAUUUGCCUCUCGCUUUAGAGGCAUUGAAUCAUUUGAAGGAUAUGCUAGAUGAGACUGAUUGGGAAAGAAUACAUUUGAUAAUGGCGGGAGGUUUUGACCCAAUUAACUUGGAGAAUAUGGAGCAUUUCAUGGAGCUCACAGACUUGGCUGCAGAAUUAGAUGUAGAGGAUAAAGUGACAUUUAUGAAGUCACCCAAAGAUGUAGAGAAAGUGUCUCUAUUGUAUCACUGUAGGGCAUUAAUUUACACACCUUCCAAUGAACAUUUUGGCAUUGUACCGUUAGAGGCAAUGUAUUAUAGCAAGCCAGUAAUAGCUGUUAACAGCGGUGGCCCAACUGAGACCAUAGUAAACGAGGUUACAGGUUUCCUUUGCGAGCCAAAUAGAAAAUCUUUCGCAGAUGCUAUGUGUAAAUUAAUUACUUCACCAGAUUUGUGUGGAAGACUUGGCGAAGCGGGAAGGAAAAGAUUUGAAACCAAAUUCUCCUUUGAAGCAUUUACUAAUCAGCUAGAUGGAAUUCUAUCGAGGGAACGACAGCUCAUUUCUGAAGUACGAGCCAUUGAGUGUGAGAAAAAAGAAAAGAAGCGUAAAUAACAUGAUGCCAACACUCCAACAAUAUUUGAUAUUGUUUGAGUGUUAUAAACAAUUUCUUGGAUCUCCUGUGAUAGUAAUGUCUCACUAAUUAAGUUGUAUAAUGUAAUUGUACAAAAGGAGAUAAAAAAAAUGUAACAGCCCAUAAUCAUAAAAAUUGACAGCUUAAAGUGUUAAUUAGCUCAGCAUUUUAAUAGGUCUUGCUUAAGCAUUUAAUUAAAAAUUUAUCAAUGCAUGUCUAUAUUGUAAAUAUAUGUAUAUACCAAGAUGUAUAAAAGUUAUAACAUGAUGUGUUAGUACGUAGUUACUUUGUUUAUUGAAUGUUGGAUAGUUACUAACAUAUUCAUAUAUUUUUUUAACAAUAUAGCAAUUUUAAUAGAAUUUGUUAAUUUUAGCAAAAUAAGCAAAUUUACUUAAUCUUAUAAAACUCUGACUAUGCCAUGAUAACUUAAUUUCUUUUAUAAAGUUAAACCAAAGAGUGAUGCAAAAAAUUGUUUAGUAGGCAUAAUAAACCUUUUGUAAAUUAAAAAGGUAUAUUUUUCAUAAGAAAUGAAUAUUAAUGUUUUGUAUAAAUCCUUAUUAUUAAUU